AUGCCAUACACAAUACCGGAAGAGAAUAGGAAAUAUGUACUUGAGCACGAGCCUCUGUACCAAUAUAUAACAAAUUGGAGAGAAUGUCACAAGACAGGAGGAGAAGUUAACACUUCUGGGCAGCAUACCUACUCACCGGACUUGGUGUUAUCAACAGUGUUCACCUUCAUAACACCCUUCACCACAGAGUGUUUCAGUGGGUUUAGGGAUGGUAAACCCGGGCCAAAGGCAACAGAGAAGACAGACGCGGAGGUUGACAUGGCUGUGUUGGCCCUUGCACUGACCUCUUACAUGACUCUAGCCAAGCCAAUCACCAACCAAAACAGCGCCGCGUACUCAAAAAGAUGGAAGGCAGCACUAGCAGCAAUGCAUAUUAUAUCAUUAGUAUUGACAGUACUGUACUUCAUUUUAAGGACUAUGUUACGUGUGGGACGAAAGCAACGGAAAAAAAAGGCAGUACUGAAAUUGGUUCAAUUUUACAUAACCCCUUCAGACCCAGCGUCCAAUUCAAUGGACAUGUUUUAUUAUUGCAUGAAAUAUGAGGAUGAAAUAAUUAGUCAAGUGUUGACGUUCGCCGUGGAUACGCGCAAUGCGAGUUUUGAUCUAUCUAAAAGUCAAGAUGUGGAUAAUUUAUUCAAUUUAUUAGAAAACGGAACAAUAUCGGAUCUCGAAGAAGAGAGUGACGAUGAAAUUGUACAGGCAAUACCACAAAAAAAUGUUCGUGUAGGUAGUAACAUAACGCUACCAACCGAAAGAGAGAUAGGUAAUCACUCCGAAGAGGAGGACGAUAUAGUAGAGGAGGUAGAAUCUAGACCCGGAUCAAGUAGUAAGCCUAAAAAUGAAAUAAUUUGGAGAAAACAUUUACAGCUUGAACCACCACAAUUCAUUUGGUCAGCGCCACCACCAUUUGAAAUUGAUUCACCUCGCGUUCCCAUUGAUUAUUUUUCUAAAUGUAUAUCAGAGUCUCUAAUUGAAGAUUUUACAUUAAAUAAAAAUUUGUAUGUGGUGAGAAAUGAAGUCCGUAAUUUCAAGCCAUGUACUUCAACAGAAAUGAAAAUAUUUUUCGGCCUUCAUAUCAUAAUAGGUAACCUAAAGUUUCCUCGUAUUCGUUUCUAUUGGGAUUCCAGUUUAGAUAUGAAAAUAUUUUUAGAGAACAUGGCCAGGGAUAGAUUUUUUCAGAUGAGAAACAAUUUGCAUGUAAUUGAUAACAAUUCUAUUCCACAAAAUAACACCGAUCGUUUUAUCAAAGUUCGGUCUUUAUAUAAUUCAGUUAGAAAACGAUGUCUAGAACUAAAAUUAGAGCAAAUAUUGAGCGUUGAUGAACAGAUUGUACCUUUUCGAGGAAAACUUGAAGUCAAACAAUAUGUCAAAGGAAAACCACAGCCAUGGGGUGUAAAGACAUUUAUGAUUUGCGUUAAGAGUGGAUUAGUUUAUUUUAUUAUUUAUCAAGGCGCAACUACAAAUCUAGACAAAAAUGACGUUUUGAAAUAUGGCACUUCUGCUGCUUAUGUAAAUGCCUUGUCAAAGAGAAUAAAUAGGUCUGGUCAUUACCUCUUCUUUGAUAAUUAUUUCUCCAAUUACGUUUUGCUGAAGGAUCUUCGCGAGAGGGAAAUUUAUGCAGGAGGAACGAUCAGAAUAAAUCGUUUUGGAAAACCGCCACUCAUAACUGACAAGGAAGGAUCAAAAAAAGAUAGGGGAUAUACUGAUCAAGUUACGAAUAAUACUAAAGAUGUGGUUGUUAUCAAGUAG